AUGCAAGUCAAAGGUGUUCUCAUCGCUCUUUUGAGCGCGUCUGCCAUUUCAGAAGCUGCUGUGGUUCAACGAAGACAUCCCUUAGCCCGUGCACUCCAACGACGACAAUUUGGUGGCGGCGGUUUCGGAGGCGGCAACAACGGUGGUAACAACGGAGGUCAAGGCGGCGGCAACAACAACGGCGGCAACAAUGGAGGUAACAACGGCGGUAACAACGGCGGCAACAACGGCGGCAACAACGGAGGCGGCGGCGGCGGCGGCGGCGGCGGUAAUGCUCUACAAGCCAACGCCGUGCAAACUGGUUCACAGCAAGAUGGAAACCAGCCCGGCUCAGAUGAACAAGCAGCAUCUGCUACGGAUGACAACAACUUCAUCAACUUCUGCUCCGGUCAAACGCUUACCAAUGGAGAGCAAAACCGGGAUGGUUCAUGUAACGGUAUCCCCAUGGGAAAGAUUCCUGGUGCCAACAACAUGGUUUCCUCUGUCUUCACAUCACCUCAGAACGGCGACAACAUCGCAGCCAACCAGGACUUUGAUAUCUCAGUGCAGUUUAUCAACUUUGCUGCUGGCAGCUUUACCAAUGCCACAAACACCUACUAUUCAGCCCCACAAGACCUCGACGGUGGUGGCAAUAUCAUUGGCCACACCCACAUCACUGUUCAGGAUACCGGUGGUGACUUGAACCCUACGCAACCCCUGGACCCUCAGCAGUUUGCUUUCUUCAAGGGCAUCAAUGACGCCGGUAACGGGCAAGGUCUUCUCACUGCCAGUGUUGAGGGUGGUCUGCCUGACGGUAACUAUCGUAUCUGCAGUAUGUCUGCUGCAUCCAACCAUCAGCCCGUCCUCAUGCCUGUUGCUCAGCGAGGAGCACAGGACGACUGCAUCCGCAUCACUGUCGGAGGCAACGGUGGAGGCGGUGGCGGCAAUGGAGGUGGUAACGGAGGUGGUAACGGUGGCCAAGGCGGCGGCCAAGGCGGUCAGGGAGGUGAUCAAAACCAGAACCAGAACGGUGGUCAAGGAGGCGGCCAAGGCGGCGACCAAAACGCCGGAGGGCAAGGUGGCCAAGGUGGUGGCCAGAACGGCGGAGAUCAAGCUGCCGGUGGAGAUCAAGCUGCUGGUGGAGAUCAAGCUGCUGAUGCUGGUGGUCAAGGUGGUGAUCAGGGCGGCCAAGGCGGAGAUCAGAACGGCGGAGAUCAAGCUGCCGGUGGAGAUCAAGCUGCCGAUGGCCAAGGUGGUGACCAAGGAGGACAGGGCGGAGACCAAAACGGCGGAGAUCAAGCUGCUGAUGCUGGUGGCCAAGGAGGUGAUCAAAACGGCGGCCAGGGAGGUGGUCAAGGAGGUGGUCAAGGAGGUGGUCAAGGAGGUGGCUUUGGAGGUGGUCGAAAAGGUGGCUUCGGAGGCUUCCAAGCUGCUUCCGCAGGCGAUGGAGCUUCAAACAAGACGUCUACAGAUGUAUGA